AUGAGCUUGUUGCCAACACCCAGAAAAUGUGGUGAAAACCUAUAUAGGCAACUUGGAGCUGCUGCUAUUCAUGGUGACAAAUGUCAGGGUGAAAGGGAUCAUGUAGCCACUGAUGUUGCUGCUCGUGGAUUGGACGUUAAGGAUAUUAGGUAUUGUUCUGGGUGGUCAUUUGGUCACGACUCAAACGCUACUGGAAGCUUUCAUCAGAAGAGCUUUCACGAGAGCAUGAUGGCUGCUUCCAAUAAUAAAGAUAGAAGCCGAAGCAGAAGCAGAAGCAGAUGCCCCCACCGGAAUUCAGAAUAAGAAGUCCAGCACAGAGAAAUUUGAUGGCAACUGACCACAAAGAGGAUGGCAGCAAUGCACCAACUCAACCAUUGAGGGAAGAUCAACCUGCUUUGGCCUGACCCGACAUGGCUAGGUACUCUUGCGUUUUGUUACGCAUGUCAUGGUCGAACCCCUGAUAUACCCCCGUAAACUUUUCUAGGGUGGGUAAAUUUUUGCUGUACAUGUUUUGGUGCACAACCUAACAUGGUCUUGAAAGUCUCUUUUGCUGCUCCACAUGA